AUGAACAUUUGUAUAGUAUUAUCAACGAUUCCCUUCGUUUUUGCUCACGUUCCAAGCUAUCUAGAUCCUGGAAGUAGUUUUCAAGCAGUUCGUUCUCAGUAUGAUUCUGAGCAAACAUAUAGAGGUUACCGAAGAGGUGAAGUUAGCGUAGAGGAUAGUCUAGACGCAGGUAAAGUUCAGUCUUAUCUGCAAGCUCCCAUAAUGGAUCACGAUGUGGAUGGAGAAGAAUGUGAAUCUCUUCCAAACGGCACCGCCACUAAACCAACAUUUUUCAUGUGCAAGGAAGAUACUUUCGUAACACUUCAUGGAGGCGCCAUUACAAACAUGAAUGGAGAUGAUCGUUAUCCGGUAGAAUUCGAAUCUCCUGUACGAGUUUUCCUCGAUGUCGCUAGCGUUGCACCACGAAGAAGUAAUUAUGACAUGUGUGAGGACAAUCCAUCUUGCCCUCUCUCGCCAGGAAGGCAGGUUCUGGAGUUCACACUCGAUCCAUCUCGUUUGUUCUCACGAUUCUUUCGGAUGAUUCAUAACGAUAUGGUCGCGGUCAGCACAGUUACUACAACCAUGUAUUGGUUGAGGCGAUUUUUGCUGAUACUUCUAUUGGGAAGUGUCGUAAAUGCAGGAUCAUUCAUUGGUGGUAUACCUGUUCCUGGAAGGACCGUUCCAGUACUACGAUUAUUUGAAAACUAUAGCGCUUCCUGUCGACCCAAACAAAGGAAGGAUUUUGGAAUGGAUCAGCUAGCACAGAUUAUGAAUUCUUUGAAUGCUGAGUCAGUAGCGCAGAAAGUAUACACACAACUAUUUCAUUCUAUGGGAGAUGUACAAAUCGAAAAGCUCAUGGGAAAAUGGUACACGGUUGUAGAUACCAAAGCAAUUCACCCUGAAGAUUGCGCAGUUCACUACUUUGAGCUACUGACUCAAACAGAUUUCACUGCCACAUUUUCAUCUCUUCAGUAUUCGCACUACAAGGGAGAUACAGUAACGACUCAAGGCAUUGGCCGAAUGAUGGGUCCUGAUCCUGGAGAGGUAUUCUACAUGACUGGCCACCCCUCGGAUCAUUGUCCUUAUUUCCCCGUAAAAAUGGGUGGACUCAACCCACAAGGCGAGUAUGAGUACAUCAUAUUCAGCCAGCCGCUGAAGUAUCCAACGAUGGUUCUGGCACGAGACCUGCACAAAUUCGAGCAGAAAUAUAAACAAGAAGUUUAUCUCUUUUUGGAGAAACAUGGAUUUCUCAGCCCUAUUGCGGCGCUAAACACACGAUUACACUUUGAAAAUGCUACUGAAUGUAAUCAACUUAAUAGAUACUAUGAUUAUAUGCAAUUAUAA